GCGUUGAGCGAAGCACUGGACGUCGGCGGCUGGCGGAGCCGGGCGGCGAAGCUGGAGCGGCGGUGGCGGCGGCGGCGGGAGGCCGAGGCCGGGGCUGAGGCCGAGGCCGGAGUUGCGAGGCCUUUGGGGAGGCAGGCGGCGGCAGCCCGGGGCUCGAACCCGGAGGCAGGAGCGGCCACCAUGGCCGAGAACAUCAUAAUCCGAGUCCAAUCCCCGGAUGGAGUGAAGCGGAUCACAGCAACAAAGAGAGAAACAGCUGCAACCUUUUUGAAAAAGGUUGCAAAGGAGUUUGGAUUCCAAAACAACGGCUUCUCAGUUUACAUCAAUAGAAACAAGACUGGAGAGAUAACAGCAUCGUCCAGCAAAUCCCUUCAUUUGCUAAAAAUCAAGCAUGGCGAUUUGUUGUUCCUGUUUCCCUCAAGCCUUGCUGGACCUUCGUCUGAAAUGGAGACAUCGACCUCACUAGGGUUAAAGGCCUUUGGUGCUCCUAACGUGGUUGAAGAUGAGAUCGAUCAAUAUCUCAGCAAGCAGGACGGGAAGAUUUAUAGGAGCCGGGACCCACAGCUAUGUCGCCAUGGCCCCUUGGGGAAGUGUGUCCAUUGCGUCCCGUUGGAGCCAUUUGAUGAGGACUAUCUGAACCACUUGGAGCCUCCUGUGAAGCACAUGUCCUUCCAUGCCUACAUCCGGAAGCUGACUGGAGGGGCAGACAAGGGGAAGUUUGUUGCCCUGGAGAACAUCAGCUGCAAGAUUAAGUCAGGGUGUGAGGGACACCUCCCAUGGCCAAAUGGUAUCUGUACCAAAUGCCAACCUAGUGCCAUCACGCUGAACAGACAGAAAUACAGACAUGUGGACAAUAUCAUGUUUGAGAAUCACACUGUUGCUGACCGAUUCCUUGACUUCUGGAGAAAGACAGGAAAUCAGCAUUUCGGAUAUUUAUACGGACGGUACACAGAGCACAAAGACAUUCCCCUCGGCAUCAGGGCUGAAGUGGCUGCAAUUUAUGAGCCUCCUCAGAUCGGUACCCAGAACAGCCUGGAGCUUCUGGAAGAUCCGAAAGCUGAGGUGGUUGAUGAGAUUGCUGCCAAACUUGGCCUGAGGAAGGUUGGAUGGAUAUUCACGGACCUUGUCUCAGAAGAUACCCGAAAGGGUACAGUCCGAUACAGUCGGAAUAAGGACACCUAUUUCCUGAGUUCAGAAGAAUGCAUCACUGCAGGAGACUUUCAAAACAAGCACCCCAACAUUUGCCGGCUCUCUCCCGAUGGUCAUUUUGGAUCCAAGUUUGUUACUGCAGUGGCCACAGGUGGUCCAGACAACCAGGUUCACUUUGAAGGGUACCAGGUAUCCAAUCAGUGCAUGGCACUGGUCCGAGAUGAAUGUCUUCUACCUUGUAAGGAUGCCCCUGAGCUCGGCUAUGCCAAGGAGUCCAGCAGUGAGCAGUAUGUUCCUGAUGUGUUUUAUAAGGACAUAGACAAGUUUGGCAAUGAGAUCACCCAGCUGGCCCGUCCCCUGCCUGUGGAGUAUCUGAUUAUAGAUAUCACAACCACCUUCCCCAAGGAUCCAGUUUACACUUUUUCUAUUUCGCAAAAUCCGUUUCCUAUUGAAAACCGGGAUGUGCUGGGUGAGACACAGGACUUUCAUAGUUUGGCCACUUACUUGUCCCAGAAUACCUCAUCCGUGUUCUUGGAUACCAUCUCUGACUUCCAUCUCCUGCUGUUUCUGGUCACCAAUGAAGUCAUGCCACUGCAGGACAGUAUCAGCCUGCUGCUAGAAGCCGUGAGGACCAGAAAUGAGGAGCUAGCACAGACAUGGAAAAAAUCUGAACAGUGGGCCACCAUUGAGCAGCUUUGCAGCACUGUUGGUGUGCAGCUCCCAGCUCUCCAUGAGUACGGUGCAGUCGGGGGCUCGGCGCGUGCUGCUCCCUCUGCCAUGUGGGCCUGUCAGCACUGCACCUUCAUGAACCAGCCUGGCACUGGCCACUGCGAGAUGUGCAGCCUCCCCAGGACCUAGGGCUCUGGCCCUCUACUGAGCGGGACUGGGCCAGCCCAGCCCUCUCUGAAGCCUGGAGCGCCACGUGUUUCCUAUAAGGCCUGAGCCGACAGCCCUGAAGCAGUGGGGCCGCUACCCUGGUAUUCCAGAUACACUGAGGCUUCUCAGUGCGGAUCUUGAAGAGAAAGAGCCCCAGCUGCUAUGCUGGGAUUGAACAGAACCUCCCAACUGGAAGGGCAGAGCAGCCCUGCCCAAGAGCACCCCACAUGCCUCACCUAGUUAAUAGCUCCCUACUGUAUUGGAAGGACUGAGCACCUCCAAACAAUCACCUGAAAUUGGGGGUGCACAGAGGUUGCUGCUGUCACCCCGCUGUCUUUCCUUCCUCUAUGCUUUUUGUUUUCUGCCUCCCACCUUCUCCCCAGUGUUUGGAUGGAUGCUCCUGGCUGUCUCUGUUCCCUUGCUGUGGGACGUGUCCCUCCUGUUGGGAGCACGAGUGGCUAGCGGUGGUCCUCGGGCUGGCCUGCAGUGUGGUGUGUCCCUGCCCUUGCCUGAAAUCAGCAGUUAUCAGUAACUCCUGCCCAGAAAACUUUUAUUUAUUGUUUUUCAGAUAAAACUGCACAGACGGGAGUGAGAGCGAUGUAACUCUGCUUUCUUUCCUCUGGAGUGCAGCCCCUCUGGGGUGGUCAGGGUGGCUGUGGGCAGGGGCCACCAUCAGUUCUCCUCGGAAGCAAACCUCAGUGCCUGAGACUUUCCUACCGUGCCACAGGAUGGUGGCAGCUGGUAGCCUGGGUGGUUUAGCAGAGCAGUGGUGGCUCUUGCCUGGCAGUCAGUCCCUUCGAGUGUAUGGGCCAGCCCUGGGAUUCUGGUCCCCUCCCAGCACCGUUCCUUUCCCCAAGGCCUCCCUACACUGUGGCCUUCUUGCACAGUGCUGGAGCAGUUGAGACAGUCUAGAAAAGGUGCCCAUGUGGCCACCAUGAGGCCUGGACAGGUGUGGGCAAUUAAAAAUGGUCUCUGAGGGUCCCUUGUGGCUGUGUUGUGACAGCCCUUACCCAGGUUAAGAUAUGGAUAUCUUGAUGCCUCUUUGCCUUAAUGAGAGCUAAGUCAGCUGUCCUUUACCCUGGGAAAGGCCAUGCCAACCGAAGGCUGCUGGAGGCCAUAUGUGUCACUCUAGUAGAGUGCGGCCAUGCUGCCUUCCGCAUCCUUAGCCCUGUGGGCAGGACACUUGUCUGCUAGGUCUUCAUGGGGCAGGGCUAGGGUCAGCACCGCUGGUUUCACCUGGCAUGUAAUCUGAAGUCAAAGGCCCAGGGGCUUUGGACCCAUUGAGUUUGGUCUAGUAUUGACAGGGCCAUCCUGGAGGGUGAGGAGGUAGAGAGCAAGCAGUCUCUCCAGCCACCUCCCAACAGCCUACAGAGAAAGUGCUGAGGGCUAUCUUUCUCCUUCCUGGUAGUCUCCCUGUCUUUUCUGGUCCCUGAAAUCUGGUAGACUGGAUGUCCUAGCAUAGCUGUGUCCCCGAUGCUGAUUGUACUGGCACCAUUGUACAUGCUGGGCAGGUGCUGGGCAGCACAGACUCUGGAGACCUUUUUGCCACUACUUAUUCCCCAUUCACCUUUGUCUACAAAAGUUAAUUACUUUUCUCAUGUUCUGGCAUCCAAAUAAUUCUUGUUUUCUCUGUCUUUUAGCUAAAGAAAUUGUUGUGAUUUCUCUGCUUAUGGUUUUCAGUUACUCUUUGUUCAGUAAUGCACUUUAUUUUAUUGUCCAAAGAGAGUCAAGCUAAUGCUACCAGCUUAGGGUGAGCCCUACAGAAGGUUCAGGCCUGAGCCUCUCAGCUACCUCCUCCUACAUGGAGGUGGCCCUAGCCCCACCUCUAAUCCCUCCUGCCAUCAGGCACUAUAACCCAGAAAGGGGUGCCUGUGGGUAUACCUACCCAAGUGAACCCAGUGGCUGCCAUGGUCCUCUUCAGGCUCAGAAAUGGGGCCUAGCCCUGGCCUUGCUCUGACCAGCCUGCUCCUGGGACAUGGGUGCUCCCGCUUCGGCUCUGCUUUGGGCUCAUAGGUGUGCAUUGGCUGGGUGUGGACUAGUAUUUCUUUGACCCUAGCCCUGCAGUGGAACCUAAUAAAAGCGCCUGAAGCGAU